GUUAUCUCGAGUAGUUGUGUGGUUGUGCUCGUCCGGUUUUCUCGUGAUUUUUUCCGUUCUCAAAGGAUCUCGGUUACUACUACUCCAACAAAAAGAAUUGCUGGCCAUGUCGGUGUUUGAGUAUUAAUCAGGAGCUGACUGGAGAAAUAUCUAUUUCUCAUUAGCUCAUUCGAAUCACUGUUGUAUCAGCCAGUAAACACACGCGAGGAUCAUGAAAAUGGUGCUGUCUCUACGUCAGAGGGAGGAGCUAAAUAAGGCGAUUGCAGAAUACCUCAGCACCAAUGAUUAUCGAAAUGCGCUUGAGGGGUUCAAGAAGGAUACCGAUAUACCUGGGGAGUUAGAAAGAAAGUAUGUAGGUUUGCUGGAGAAGAAAUGGACCUCGGUCAUACGCUUGCAAAAGAAGGUAAUGGAAUUAGAAUCCAAACUCUCUGAGGUAGAGAAGGAAUUCAUCGAAGGAGCACCGACACGUAGCAAACGAUCACCACCUGAGUGGAUACCAAGGCCACCCGAAAAGUAUACUCUCAAUGGACACAGAUGUCCUGUCAACAGAGUUAUUUUCCAUCCGGUUUUUAGUUUUAUAGUUUCUGCCAGCGAAGAUGCCACUAUCAAGGUGUGGGACUUCGAAAGCGGCGAAUUCGAAAGAACAUUAAGGGGGCAUACUGAUACGGUACACGAUGUUUCAUUCGAUGUCUCUGGGAAACUGUUAGUCUCAUGCAGUGCAGACAUGUCUAUUAAACUGUGGGACUUUCAUGAGUCAUUCGCCUGUGUGAAAACCAUGCACGGACACGAUCACAGUGUCACCUCUGUCGCAUUUGUGCCACAAGGGGAUCUCGUAGUUAGCGCCUCUAGGGAUAAGACCCUCAAAAUAUGGGAAGUGGCGACAGGAUAUUGUAUUAAAACGUUGACGGGUCAUAGAGAAUGGGUGCGAAUGGCCAGAGUCAGCCCCUGUGGAGAAUUAAUUGCUAGUUGCUCGAACGAUCAAACGGUACGAGUCUGGCAUGUGGCAACAAAGGAAACGAAGGUUGAACUGAGGGGCCAUGAGCACGUGGUAGAAUGUAUCGCGUGGGCACCGGACAGUGCAAGGGCACCAAUCAAUGCUGCGGCAGGAGCAGACAACAAGGGUGCCCAUGAAGGACCUUUUCUGGCAUCUGGUUCGCGGGAUAAGGUAAUCCGUAUAUGGGACGUCGGUGUUGGCGUUUGCCUCUUUACCCUCUUAGGACACGACAACUGGGUUCGCGGCAUCGUCUUCCAUCCCGGUGGCAAGUAUAUCGUCAGUGCAUCUGACGAUAAGACCCUGCGAGUCUGGGACACGUGUAACAAACGGGCAAUGAAAACCCUCGAAGCGCAUGUUCACUUUUGCACCUCCGUUGAUUUUCAUAAAAGCCAUCCGUAUGUGGUGACCGGUAGCGUUGACCAAACGGUGAAGAUCUGGGAGUGCCGCUAGUCACCAAAACAUCGACAUCUCGUUGAACCUUUGUCGAAGAAGAAAGGUUUUGGAGAAAAAGCAAACGAUGCGCAUCGAAUUCGAUGGAAACGGCCGAAAGAGUAGGCUGCUACAAAAAAAAAAAGCAAAAAAAAAAUAUCGUACAUACUACUAUUAUUAAUAUUAAUAUUAUUAUACACACAUAAACAUGUAUGAUUAAGAGGUCUUUAAAUAAUUUAUAAUAAAGUAUGAUUAGUAAUUAUUAAUACUACAUAUAUGUCUUACGGUAACGCAUUGCAUGAUUUGAGGAGAGUCAUUCGAAAUUGACAUUCUUUUGUGAGGAAGACAUUGCCAUAAGUUCGUUGACGCUAAAAAUAAGAAAUUUAGGAAUCUCGAGUCGACUUAAAUGAUGUUACUUCGUUGAACCGAUUGGUAAAUUGUUUCUUCUCAAACAUUAUUCUGCUGCGUAAUAUAAUUAUGGUAUACUUGGCUCGCUCAAACGCGUCGUCUUCCUCGAUCUACUAACGCUGACGAGAAUUUAGACUAUAUUGCGUCUUUGAAAUAUAAGAAGAAUCAUAGUCAUUUAUUCUCGUUUGCUAUGCUGAUCUCUCCUUGAUCGUUCUUGACAAUGUGACAUUGGAAAAUAACACCGAUACGUAUGACACACAGAGAUACGCGCGGGCGUGCUUAUACACGUUUCGAAGGAAAAAUGUACGAGACGUCAUCAUUUGUUGUGUAAUGUGCAAACGAGCAUGACAAACAAGCGCAGACUUCAAAGUAAACCAUGGAUCGAAACGUUCAAUUCACAUUGCAUGCGUAAUGUGCGUAAUGUUCAUGCGACAGGACUAUUCCGAAUUGUUUUGCCCUGACGAAAAGUUGAUCGCACGAACAUCCAAUAGGACCGGCCGAAGGCGAACACCAUCUAAUUUUCCUAUACGGAUAAUAUAUUAUAUCUAUAAAUGGAACAUAAGCUUUCGGCAAUGUAUGACGUGCAUUAUUAACAAUAAUACUAGAGGCAAAGGAUCGUCGAUUUGAGCGUGCGAUUUGUAAAAAAUUCCUGAAAAUAUGUGCAAGCGUAUAUUCGUGUGGAAAUACUUGAGACGCAUAAUUCGUUGCGUGGGUCCCGAGAUACGAGGGGUACUAGUUGUAUAUUUAGCCCUAAACUACUAUUAGUGGUAGCGCAGACGUAACAUAGACAAGAAACAAGAGAAGAAAAGAAAAGAGAAAAAUAGAAUCAGACCACGAGUGUACGAUCGAUCGUUACACACAUUGACACAUAUACUUACGCAGGCAUUCGUCGAAACUUUGUGUAACAAUGCUUAAUCUAUUAAGACCGAUUUUUUCAAACGAUACACUCUGUUGUCCGCUAUUACAUUUUUCUUACCAUCUUUUCUCCCUCGUUUAGGUAAGCGCCUCCUUUUUCCUCAUGCCUUUUUUUGUCGUCAGAGAGAACCAGACCGUUUGACACGAUGUGGUACUAAAUUAUUUUGAUGAACAAUAAAAAGGAAGUUCUCAUUCAGUCACAUAAAAUAUUUUUGCUGUAUUACCUGUGUGUUUGGCUGUCGUUCGUGCAUCGCUGUUUGCCAUUCUUCGAUUCAUUGAUGAUAAAAUUUUACGGUAAUCUCUCAGUACUGGAAGUUCUGUUCUUUCGGGAAUUACUGUAUCUAAUUCAAAAUGUCGAUGAAAUUAUAAAAAUGAUGAAAAUCCUUUUAGAAGGCAAGACCAAUCUUUUUAUUCGAACAAACGCUUUUCUCUCAACCGACAGAUUUCAAUGUAACAUUCUUGUACAAUACGAUUUUUUAAAAUCGGAACAUACCGAGAUCGCACGCAUAUACUAAAAUUUAAAACUCGCAUAAAAAGAAAAAAGACAAAGAAUAUUUCUUUCUUAUCAGCCAAUCGACUAUAUGCACUUGGAUUUUGCUCGCGAGGUUCCGUAAAGGAAAGUAAUGCGUACGAUUUAAGUCACGAUUCUGGAAGUACAUGCAUGUCAGUAUUUUACAUUUAUAAUAUAUCAAGAGAAAAGCUAACUCACGUACACAAAUAUGUAUACAUUCAUAUAUAUUUAUAAUAUAUGGUAUGCAUACGCUCCACUCACAUAGCUACGCGCACCUGCGCGCGUACACACACACACACACACGCGCGCGCGCGCAAGAUACAGAAGCAAGUACAUUAUUGUAAGUGAUCAGUGAAAACGAAAAUACCCGUACCGAACAACUAAACUUAAUCCAAUCGCAAUUCAAUGUUCGGUGUUUAUACGUAGGAUGAUGCAAUAAAAGUAAUAUCGUAGUUGCUUUUCGUAAAUUCCGUCGCACUUGCUUUAGUGAUUUUUCUCGCUUUUUUCUACCCGCUUUUCAAAAAAGUCGUUACUGACACAUUUAGUGGAGCAACAAUAAAAUGUUAUCAUUUUUUGUGAUAUAUACGUACGCUUCGAUGAGCUUUCAUUAAAAUCCUUGCGUUGUGACAUUGGAACGAAAGUUUUUGCGUAUUUAUAGAGUAAUAUGAGGAAGAAAAAGCAUGAAACCCCGAUAGCAAGUACAGAACUGGUUUUAUACUUGCAUAACUUCAUACGUGUAUAACAAA